CACAUCAAAUGUUGUGCUCAUCACGAAGGCUAAUUAGUUAAAUGACUUCUCCCCAGUUCGCACCUGACACCCGGAUCAAGUGAAACGAAGAAAUAGCCGUGUUUCUUACAAUGAUUACUGCCCAACCAGAAACUCGUGGUAAUGAUAGAGACAAGUACGCUCUAGUUCAGACGUCAGGGAGGACCCAGUAGCUCGCCCGGGACUUGCUGCCCGCGGUUUGCGUAACGCAAUACGACAAUAAAGUAGUCAUUCGCUGACACAAACUCCUCGCCACACAAUGACUUCUCCCGGACCGGAACAAGAAAUCUUCUCAAGUGUGGUACAAGUUUGGACAGCCGCCUCAUUUGAUCUCAGCGUAGUCUGUCAAUCGCGACGGCUCUGAACGCUUGGUCUAUUUUUGCAUGCCACUUGACAGUGUUUAUUGGCUGGUCGUAGCUGAGCGAUUGAAAAAAAAGACGUUAUACCUUAUUAUGUGAUUUCAGACAUUGUUUGAUUAAAGUGAACCUCUACAGUCCCGUGGAAAUGAUAACUACUGACUUCCGUGACUGCGGUAUGCCUGACUCCCCCGACACCAAAGUCAGUCCGUCCUCCAACCUCUCGCCCAAGGUGCCCCUAAUGACAGGCGUGGCUCCCGCCAGCCGCCCUCUCUCCUCCAACAGCAGCAUCUCGGGCCAACUUGCCGUUACUGCAAAGAGAGUUGCUGCACUGUGCCCGUAUGGCCAAGCAGACACCCCAGCAGUUCCUAACACAGAAUGAGCACGUGGUCUUUGACCCCGCCCACUCACCACUGGACGUGCAUGAGACCAUGAUGUCAGAGUUCAACGAGAACGGCAAGCGAUGUUCGCCUGACCGGCCCAAAGAAAAUGGACUGGAGCUUCACCUGGACUCGCCCCACCCAGCGAAGCGUCACCAUGGACACCACCCCAUCAGUCCCGGAUCUACCAAUCGCGUUAGUCCUGGCUCCACAUUCAGCCUGUCCGCUGGACCAAUCCGACUGGAUGAGAUCAGUAAAUCCAAAGAGUUGAGGGAGCGAGAGAGAGAACGAAUGGAAAGAGAAGAGAGGGACAGAUCAGAAAGGGAGAGGGAACGAGAGAAACACUUCUCCGGCUUCAAUGCUGAACUGCAUCAUCGGUAUGGUGGAUAAAACAAAGCGUGCCAUGUCAGUCCUGCAGGAGCGAAGUCUGCGGGACAGGGAAGAGUUAUCCCUCUGGGCUCGCAGACAGACAGAUGGCAUCGACGCAGACGUCAAGAAACGAUCCGGUGACGUCAUGGCCUACACACUGAGGCAGACGGAAGAUCGUGUUAGCGAAAUGCGGAGAAGAGCAGAAGAAGCAGUCAAUGACGUAAAACGACAAGCAAUGAUGGAACUUCAGAAAGCAGUCAGCGCAGCCGACCAGAAGGCGUCAGACCUUGUAGCUGCCGAGAGAUCCAAAAUGGAGCGCGCCAUUGCCGAGGCCCGGAAGCAGACUCAAUCUGAACUUCUGCACUCUCUCAGCCACCAGGAGGAAUCUCCAGAGACCUUUUCUCUUUCUCCCAUGACGAAACAGAGUUGCUGGAACUGCGGCCGUAAAGCUAGCGAGACUUGCAGCGGGUGUAACGUGGCUCGCUACUGUGGCUCCUUCUGCCAGCACCGAGACUGGGAGAACCAUCACCAUGUCUGCGGCAAGACCCACAUCACCUCUGCCGCCGAGGCCAGAGAGAUGAGGAGAGCCGCUCUGGCUGCUGCAGCCGCUGCUGCAGCUGCUCAGUCCUCCUCUACCACCACCUCCUCCUCCUCUUCCACCUCCUCGGCAUCUGCUAGUACUGCAAGAAGCGGCGAAAAGGACACGGUAACGCCAUCGUCUUCUAACUCGACGUCGUCCUCAUCGUCGUCCUCCACUUCUUCGACGACUCCGUCAUUUCUGGGAAGCUCGAGUAAGUCCCCAGCCUCGCUGGAUUCCUCCGCCGUCACGUGCAUGUCCCAGCCCCCGUCUGCUGUGCCGAGUCUCUCCACCAAAGAAGUGGCUCUGACUUCUCCCUCAGCAGCAGCAACUACAGCAACGACAUCAGCAGCAGUAGCGACUUCCGUGGUGUCUGUGUCGCCCUCCUCUUCCCCGAAAGCGCCAAGCGUUGCGGACUCAAAUCCUGGUUCUCCCGCGACGGAGGUUGACUCCGGAGCACCCUGUGUUGACACAAGCUCCCCAUAAGGGCAGACUAGAACAUUUAUCACUGACUCUGUGUGUUGAAAUAUAACAUUGUAACAAUGGCAUUGACAUAAUCCAUUGCUGAGUAGUCGUGUAGUGCAUACUUUAGCUUUCAGUGUCACCUUGUGUCUGGUACACUUCAUUACUGUUGUUACAACUUACGGGGAUAGGAUUUUGGGUUACUCGUAGUUGACAUCAUCGCUGUUACCAUUUUGGGAGAGGGAGUUUUCAAAUCUCGUUGUUAAAUUCAUAUUAUCAGGUUUCAUCUUCCGAUGGUAGAACGUGGUAAAUUCCUGAUGGUUAAUUCUGACGAUUGUGAUUUACGUUGGCGAGGAUUGAUGUCGGACUAGACGUUGAUUUCUUCAAAAUGCACUAAUAUCCUGGACUUGACACAGUCAAUACAUAUUAUUGUGGAAAAUGUAUACACAUGUAAUGUUUAACAAACAUGAAAGGUGGCUGUGAAAUAACGAAAGAAGAUGCUGAAAAAGUGUAAAAAGACCUUUUCGGUCCGGUCCGAUUUCAGUCUGGGGCUAAGAUCCGCCAAGGAAUUCUGUACGAGAUUCUCUCGCUGUGGAGCUGUUCCAAUAUGGCGGAGUGGCGACAUCAUGACGACAAACGUGACUGUACAGUCAUUGCUCUUCAUCAAUUCGGCAACAUACUCUCGUUCUCUCGUUCUCAUAUUGUUUGUGUUUUUGUUUGUAAACUGAGGUGUUAUUCUAUAUCUUUGCAAACAUGUUUUUCUUACCUGAAUUAAGAUGAAUGACUGCUUAAAUGAUGGAUGAUCUGAACAAACUGAAGUACAAAUGAAAAUAUAAACGACUGAGCAGUUACAAGUUUAAAUGAAAUAUUGGAUACUUGAAUGAAUAACUGAUAGAUGUUACAUAUUACACAAUGUUAUUAUUUGAAAAAAGACGGACAUUGAAUGGAUUUUGUACUGUUCAAACAAGAACAGUUAAUGUAUUAUUUCAGCAUUGUUCAGUUCAAAUUAUACCAUAUUAUUUGUCACGUCACUAGAGGCAUUGCUGAGACAAUCAGACACUCGGGCUUUGACAUUACGCUUACAAUAGCAAAGACUCAGAAUUGUUCUGUUUAUCCCCAUUUUAUUUUUAACAUACAUAAGGUUUUACAUUCUUUCGAUCCUCCUGAAUGAGAUUGUCUCAGACGCUGUUCACCCAAACAGUAAAUCGGUUUUUCUGUCAGUAAGGGUGUGAGUGUUUUGGUUGAAAAGAAAGAGGGGGGACGUUCUGUCAGUUGUAACAUUAAUUAAGAACGACCCUUCCCUCGAUUAAAUUUUUACUUGAUUUUCCUUUAAGGAUCCUUUAAAAAAUGUACUAAUAUCUCUUGUAUUCUGAUAAUAUGUGGAUACCCUCUUUUGUUCCGGACCUGCCAUUGCAUUAGUUUAGAUAUUAUUGAUUUUAGUAUUGAUUAUCGUGUAUAUUAUGAAUGUGUUCAAGUGCGGUGUGCAUUUUAUUUUAGUGUUACACGUUUCACUCCCAUGAUCUUGCGCACACCGUUCAUUUUGAAAGGUAACGUGGUUUACCCUCGCCCACAGGCUGUGAUUUAUGUGUGCUGUCUUGUCAACCUCAAAUAUUCAAUGUUUACGAGAGGUAAAAAAUGGCCACAGUAUUUGGUUUGGAAGCAGCCGGAGACUCUUAUUUUGUCGCUGUUAUGUGUUUGUAUGUUUACUGUUUUAUGUAGAGAACAAUCAACUGCCAGGCUCAGCAUUCAAGAAUGGCGUUGGAAAGGACAUACAACGUUUUAGACUCUUUGAAAAUUCCGUAAUUAGGAAAAGAAUUUAAAAAAAAGGAUUGGUCGCUACUUUUACACUCGGAUUCUUUACAACCCUUUAACAACUGUUAUCUGUUAUAUAUGCACUGUACGUGUACGUGAUUAGCAUUCUUCUAUAAUCAUCAUCGUUAUCCUUUCUGUCAUCGUCGUUGUCAUUGUAACGUCGCUACCAUCAUCAUUGCUCCGAUGAUAAUUAUAGAAGAACUUCGUAUCAAUCAUUGUCAUCAUCCUCAUCCUCAUCCUCAUCCUCAUCAUCUUCAUCAUCAUCAUCAUCAUCAUCAUCAUCAUCAUCAUCAUCAUCAUCAUCAUCAUCAUUUUAAAACGAACUGAUGAUAUGUAUAUAGGGUAUGGAAAAACUGAGCUUUAUCUGAUUUAAGAGUAAAUUUCCGUCAAUUUGUCAUUGUGUGGCACUCCAAAGAGGUUUUAACUCUAGUGGUGUUUCGUGUUGUAAAAGUGUGGUAAUACGUUUUUGUUCAAAACAGAAACAUCCGUCAGCAGUUAACUAUUUGUUGUAGUGGAUGUAGAAAACUGUGUUGUUGAACUGGUUAUUCGCUGAAAAAGGAAAUAUAUUGAGUUGUAUGGUCAGAAAAGACUGUGCCCAAUGUAGUAGGAAAAAUAAUAAAAAAGCAUCGAUGUGUAAGGUUGCUUAUUAAUUUUUUUUUCUGUCCAUAUUUUGGAGGUUAUAAGAAAAUGUUUCGGAAAAUACUGCUAAACCUUUUGA